CUAACCGAAACGUGAUAGUUCCCUGAAAGGGACGCAGCAACGAGAAGGGCACAAUAGGCGCAAAGGCAUACGCGAAGGCUGGCAGGAAAGAUCGCGGUUGAGACUACGAACCAAAUGCUGAACUAAUAGGGGAAGCAGGAACAGAGCGGCAGAACAUGGCUAGAGAAAAGUGCUUGAAAAAGUCAUUUAAGGACACCCUGGAAGACAUAAAAGAACGCAUGAAAGAGAAGAGAAAUCAAAGACUGGCCAAGCUGGGCAGAUCAUAUGUUUUGGGCAAAUCAACCUCCAUCCUGUCUACCAAGGGUAAAAUUGCAGAUGACUCUUCUGUGCAGCUGAAAAACUUCCAAGCAAACAAUAGAGCAUUAGCUCUGGCUUUACAAGAGGAGAAAAGCAGAAUGAGAGAAGCACAAGAUAUUAUUCUGUACUUAAAGAGAGAAUAUCAAUCGCUGAAGUUUCAGAUGCUCGUCUUGCAAAGGAAGGUUGAGUUGCAACAAGAAAGAGAACAUGUUGAGACUAGAUUAUUGAUGGUGAAGAAGAUUAUUUCUAAAGCUGUUCAAAACCUCCUUGAGGCAACUAAUCUUCUUGAUCCAGCAAAGGAUUUAUAUAUCCCAGAAGAUAGCCAGACUCUGUGUGUCCCAGCAUUUAGAGAGUGUGAUUCCAGUCGUGGAAGAAACCAAGCUGCCAUGGCAAUUCUAAAGCCUGACUUCACUGUCACUGUAAAUAAGCAAGGCAAAACAUUCACAAGUGAACUUGAAGAUAAUGCAGACAAAAAUUAUUUGGAUUUUUUAUCUGAUUCCUGGCAAGAUAUGGAAAAUAACUCCACAGGCCUAGUGCUGCAGACAAAUGAAGGGUGGCAAAAUAGUUUUCGUGAGGAUUGUCAACCAUUUGAGAGCAGAAGUACCUCAUCAAAUGAACAGAGUAAGCAAGUUGGUAAUUCCUUACCUAAAAGUGUAUCUACCCGGCGUCACUAUUUAAAGAACCAAGACCAAAGUGAAUUAUGUGUUUCUGAUGGUAACAAUUUAGAAAUAACUGACCAGAUUAAAGAAUCUUGUGAACAAGACAAAACUAGACCUGAGAAAGAUCUAGAGAUUCAUAAUGAACAGUUCGAAGAAGUCCAUCCUUGUACAGAGAAUAUGUAUGAUACAAACAGAGAUCAAAGCUUGGUGUGUUCAUAUAUGCUGACUGAAUCCAGUACAUCAACAACUGAUCUAAAGGAAACUAAUUUUAAUAGUAUUGGUGAUUCGCAAACACAGAAGGAGAGAGGUCAAAAAAGGAAACUGGAAGAAGUGAAAAAUCGUUCCAGGACAAGAUCAAAAAAGAAAAGUCAGAGUAAGCGUUCCUGUUCCAAAGAAAAAUCAGAUUCAUCUGUGGGCUCCAGUGAUGCUUAUAACUUUAUUUUUGAGGAGAGCAUCCAUAUUACACCUUUCCGACAGAACAAAAAAAAUGAGAAUAUCACAGACAAUAAAAGUUAUGUAGAAGAAAUGUGUAGUGAUUUGUCAUCAGACGAUAACUCUGAUGACAGUCUCUAUGUGCCUUACAAAAACAAAUCAAAAUCUGGGGAAACAUUAAGCCAUGGAAGCGAUGCAGCCCCAGUAUGCACAAGAUGGCAAUCCAAAACUACUGUUUCAGAACAGCAUGAAAGAACUACUGAAGGAAAAAUGUCUAUAGGCAAAUAUGGAGAUAAUACGUCUGUAACUGGGGAAAACAGUGGAUCUAAUUCUGUAAUGAAAAUUGCUGAAAAGGUUCCGUGUUACAUUUUCACUGUAGUGGACAAAGAAAAGGAAAACAAGAUGAGUUCUUCUGAAAAUAUCAGCUUUAAAAAAGGUAAACGUUCUGAGGAUCUUAAGAAAUGUUGUCAUCUCGGCGAUAUUACCAACCUUACGUCAUCUUCUCCCAAAACUAGAGAUUCUCAUUCUACCAUCGCUACUGGUGAAAAAGAUUCUUUUCCUCACAGACGCAGAUGUACCAUUAGUAUGUCCUAUAAGGAACCACCUAUCAACAGGAAGCUUCGACGGGGAGACCCUUUCACAGAUACCGAUUUUCUGAAUUCUCCCAUUUUUAAGGAGAAAAAGAGCUCCAAGUCAGUUAAAAAGAAAUCACUGUCCAGAUACAAUGAGGCGUUUGUUGGUUCCCUUUGAGAACCUUUUUCCAUGCAAAAUGUAUGACUUCAUCUGUUAGUUCAAAUGUUCUUAUGGUGUAAAGAGUAUUUUAGCCAGAUUGUGUUGCUAUGAAAUCUGAACUGUAUAUUUGUACAUACAGCUGUUCUACUUAUGGGUUUAGAUGUGAUUAGCACUUUAGUAACACUUCCCUAUCACACACACACAGACAUACUAUGACUUCCGUAUUACAUAUUAAAAAUCAAUAGCCGUGUAACUGAAAUAUGUAAAUAGGAAACUAGUUCCUUCUCAGCUGACAGAGAAAAGAGAAUUCUGUCCUUCAGUCUCUCUUCCCCUCUUCCCUUCCCUUUAUAUUAUGGAAAUUAUACUGCCUAUGUGUUUUAUAAUUAAUUUUGGUGUCCUGGGAAUUACAAUUCCCAGGAAGCACUUAAUUUGGGAGGGGGUAGUGAGGAAUACCAUUGCAUCACUCCCUAUAAGCAGGGCAGGUAAACAGGGUUAGCUGGGUGGAAGGAAGUCUGGCUUGGAUUUACUACUGGAGAUGGAGAAGAAAUGGGCAGCUCUGUAGCUCACCUCACUUUGAAGUGGGCUUUCCAAGCAAAGUAGUUCACGUGUACAUUGAGCCAAAGGAGUAUGAACUCUGUUUUACUGCCUCUGUUUGGGUGGAAUGCCCAUUCUACAGAAGCAUAAGGUUGAUUUGUAAGCCUUAUAAACUUGAGUUUAGUGUGAACCGCAAAUCAGUCUAGCAGUGUAUUGAUUAAUUUCUUUGUAGAGGUUUCUCAACUGUCAU